CAACGGCUGCGUUUUGAUUUUUGAAACUUGCGGCCUCAACGUCUUUUGCUCCAACCGAGGAUCCCCUCCUGCGCCAGCUCGCAGACCAUUUAUCACUAUAUCCAGCAUGGCUGAUACCAUGCACGACGAGGAGAAGGGCCACCGCGCCGCUCCAGCCGUAGAACCGGUCUCGUCUCCCUCGGAAACCGGAAAAGAAAUGGCCUCCUACCCUUCUUCAGGGAAUGCCUGGACGAGGCUCAACGCUCGUAUUCAAUCCAUCAAGUUCCUCGAAAGCCGCGGUAUCGAGCGUGUCCCAGAGUCCGAGCGCCACGCUGCCUCAGCAUCCAAUUACAUGCAAAUGGCUUUGCUUUGGUUUAGUACCAACAUCACCGCGAACAACAUCGCAAUCGGAAUGUAUGGGCCUCUGGACUAUUCUCUGAGUUUCGUUGACUCGGCGCUCUGUGCGGUGUUUGGUGCUUUCCUUGGUGCGGCAGGUGUGGCGUAUAUGGGAACUUUUGGACCGCAGAGUGGUAAUCGAACAAUGGUCGUGGCAAGAUAUUUCAUGGGCUACUACCCGAGUAAGAUCGCUUGUCUUUUGAACAUCAUCAUCAUGUUGGGCUAUGGAAUGAUCGACUGCCUCGUGGGUGGCCAGGUGCUGUCCGCUGUUGCUGAUGGUGGGUUGACGGUGGUGGUGGGAAUCAUUAUUAUUGCCAUCAUCACGUGGAUCGUGGUGGUCUUUGGUAUGGCGCCUUUCCACGUGUACGAGCGAUGGGCCUGGGUGCCUCAACUCAUCGCCAUCUUCGUCUUGGUCGGCAGUGCCGGCCCGAAAUUCGACACCAACAUCAAGACUACUGGCGACCCCCAGACCAUCAACGCCAACCGUCUCACCUUCUUCUCGCUCUGUCUCUCCAGUUCCGUUGCCUGGGCCCCUGCUGGCGCUGAUUUCUUCGUCUACUUCCCUCCCACCACCUCGAAAUGGAAGACCUUCACCCUGACCCUCUUCGGUGUCGGCCUUGCCCUCUCUUUUGCCAACCUUAUGGGUGUCGGCCUCGCUAGUGGCACGCUAACGAACCCAUCGUGGGCGGAGGCAUACGACACUUCUGCUGGAGCACUCAUCAUUGCCGGAUAUGACGGUCUCGGCGGAUUUGGCAAGUUCUUGGGCGUUCUCGUCGCCCUGGGUCUGAUUGCCAACAACAUCCCUGGAACCUACUCCGCCACUCUGGGCUUCCAGAUCAUGGGCCGUCACCUUGGCAGCCUUCCCAGAUGGUUCCUCUCCUGUGUUGGUGUGAUCAUCUACACUGCUUGCGCCCUGGGUGGCCGGAACCACCUCUACGAUAUCUUCGAGAACUUCCUUGCCCUGAUGGGUUACUGGGUGACCAUUUAUUUGACCAUCGCUUUGGAGGAACACCUAAUCUUCCGCCGCACCCGUGGUUUCGACUGGGAUGCUUGGGCUGACCGGUCCAAGUUGCCCCUGGGUCUUGCUGCUCUGGCUGCGUUCCUGAUUGGCUGGGCGGGUGCGAUCGUCUGCAUGGACCAAAUAUGGUAUGUUGGUCCGAUUGCCAAGAUGGUUGGUUCGGACGGUGCGGACCUGGGUAUCUGGGUGGGUGUGUCUUGGGCGAUGCUGGUGUUCCCGCCUCUGCGGUGGUUGGAGCUGCAGAAGAUUGGUCGGUAAAUGAACUCUGCAUUGUCCCGGAGAAAAAUAAAAAGAAUAGAAGUGAAAAGGAAAGGAUGUGUCCUUCUUUCUGAGACAUGAGGGACGAUAAAGAUGUAUGCCUAAUCGAUGCUAUAUAACGGAUUCUUCCGUACUAGAUAAUGUGUUAUGCUAUGAGCAAAAAUAUCAAUAUACCAAUUUCAUCUCAU